CCCAAUUCCUAAAACAACCCUGUCCAUCACGACCUCUCUCUUUGUAGUUUCCGAGUUGAAGUUGAACGUCGGAGCUCACUGUCACCGUCGUUGUUCCUAAAAAGCUGUGAGACGUUGUGGAUCAUGGAUUUAGCCUCAGGCUUGAUCACAGAGGUUGUUAGAGGAUUUUCAAAUAUUUUGGAGAUCUGUGAGCCAUUGAUCCUGGAGAAGUCGAUGCUUUUGAAUGAAAUACCUAAUGAUUGGUUGCAGCAGCGAGUGGAUGCACAUUGCUCGACAAAGAGAAUUCCAUAUGUUGAGCUCAUAUCUUCUGUGGAAACUUUUCAGGAUCAGAUACUCAUUUGUGAUACAGGUAAAAUUGACAUACGACUGAAUGUGGAUAUUCCAGAAUAUGUUGAUCUAAUUGAACCAUUGGGUGAAAGUUGUAUAUGGCGGCAAACUAGAGGGGCAGCAGCUGAAAUAUCCGAGGCAGAUAGCACAAUUACGUCUUCAGAAAAGGUUGGUAUUGCCCAGCAAAGGUAUGAUGAAAUUGAACACCUUGCCUUUUCAACAUCAGAAAUAGAAGCAACCAUAGAAGAGAGGACAAUGAGCUGCGGUGACGAAAUUCCAGAAGGGAAAGUCGAGAUCAGUUGCUCCGUUAACUCAAGUCCUGGAACAAGUGAGGUUUUCAUUUGUGCUGCACUAUAUCUUAGACUGAAAAAGGAUUCAGAUGCCUGUAGUGGCGGUAGACAGAGGAAAGCAGCUAGAAUAGCAGAUUUGCUCAACCCUGGGACAAGGGCAAGCAAAGAUUUAGUUGUUCAGUUCUUGUUGGCAUCAAAUAGAGAUCUUGAAGAAGUUAUCAUAACAAGACCUGUACAUGUGAAACUCAAGUUUGAUUGUCCAAAGCAUCCAAAAGCAGAUAAUUCCAAAGAUAUAAUUAUGACAGACACCUCUGUAAAUGUGAAUGUUGCUCUAAAGUAAAACAUUUAAUAGUCUAGUGUAUGAUUCUUGAUGAUAUUAGAGGCUCAUUAUUUUUGUAUCAAUGAGUGGCUUACUAUCUACUUAAUAGUUGAUUUUUAUGUUGCACUGUUGAUAAUUUCUGUAUGGAGCUGUAAAAUUAAAAGUUCUAAA